ACCGCUUUCGGCUGAGCGGGCGGCAGAAGCUUUGCACGGCCGGGCCCAGGGGGCGGGGAGCAUUCUGGCUCCAGAGGGCAGCGGGAGCAAGAUGAAGCCGAUCCUGGCGCUGCUGUUGCUGCUGGCGGUAGGGUUGAGCGGCGCUGGGGCUCAGCCGGGCGGUCUGCCGCCUGGGAAGAAACUACGCAUGGCCUACGCCACGGGGCCGUUGCUCAAGUUCCAGAUCUGUGUUUCCUGAGGAUACAGGCGGGUGUUUGAAGAGUACAUGCGGGUUAUUAGCCAGCGGUACCCAGACAUCCGCAUUGAAGGGGAAAACUAUCUUCCUCAACCUAUAUAUAGACACAUAGCAUCUUUCUUGUCAGUCUUCAAACUAGUGCUAAUAGGCUUCAUUAUUGUUGGCAAGGAUCCUUUUGCUUUAUUUGGCAUGCAAACUCCAAGUAUCUGGCAGUGGGGACAAGAAAACAAGGUAUAUGCUUGUAUGAUGGUUUUCUUCCUGAGCAACAUGAUUGAGAACCAGUGUAUGUCAACAGGUGCAUUUGAAAUAACUUUAAAUGAUGUCCCAGUGUGGUCUAAGCUGGAGUCCGGGCAUCUUCCUUCAAUGCAGCAACUUGUUCAAAUCCUUGAUAAUGAAAUGAAACUCAAUGUGCAUAUGGAGCAAAUGCCACAUCAUAGAUCAUAGCCCCAUUCAUCAGUACUGAAAACUUCUUACAUUAAGUGAUACUUUCCAAAGGCAACAUGAAUGAAAUAAAUGAAGGUCUGUACUGAAGACAGAAAGCUGUUGGUACAGACUGGAUGAUCUACUUGUCUUCAUGUUGUACCUUCUGAAAAUCUUAAUGCAAGAUCUCUUUCGGUGCUGGUAUGUGUCCAAGAACUGCACAUUCAAGGAGUGCAAUAAUACUGUAUAGUUUUUUUUAAAGUAAUUUAGCCAGUUCAGUUUUAGAGAAGAAAAAUACAGGUAUUACUUGAUUACAAGUUUUUGCUUUUGAUUAGAUCCAGACUAAGUUGCAUUUCAGACCUAUGAAAUUUAGUCUGGAUUAAAUGCAACCAGUGGUCUUGAUCUAACUCUUUAUAUUCAUGUCUAUUAAGGUGGCAAAAUUAGUUAAUAUUCUAAUAUUUUCCCUGGGAAAAAAGUCUGAUUUUCUUUAUGUGGCCUUUAUAGAAUAUUUGUAGUUUAAAAUCAAUCUUCAGAAGUACUGGCUGUCUUUUAAACUGGUUUGGAUAAUUGAUGGCUGCUGAACAAUACUGAUUUGGUUAUGUAAGUUUUGUAUAUUUUCAGAGUAUAUUGCUGAGUGAAUGGUGCAUUGUAAAACUAAAUUAUAUAAACAAAUUAUAUGCAGAGUAA